AUGGCGACCGGGCUCGGGGAGCCGGUGUACGGACUUUCGGAAGACGAGGGAGAAUCGCGUGUGCUGAGAGUGAAGGUGGUUUCUGGAAUUGAUCUCGCCAAAAAAGACAUCUUUGGAGCCAGUGAUCCAUACGUGAAACUUUCAUUGUAUGUAGCAGAUGAGAAUAGAGAACUUGCUUUGGUGCAGACAAAAACUAUUAAAAAGACGCUGAACCCAAAAUGGAAUGAAGAAUUUUAUUUUAGAGUUAACCCAUCUAAUCACAGACUCCUGUUUGAAGUAUUUGAUGAGAACAGAUUGACACGAGACGACUUCCUGGGACAGGUUGACGUGCCCCUUAAUCAUCUCCCGACAGAAGACCCAACCAUGGAGCGACCCUACACAUUUAAGGACUUUCUCCUCAGACCAAGAAGUCAUAAAUCUCGAGUUAAGGGAUUCUUGCGAUUGAAAAUGGCCUAUAUGCCAAAAAAUGGAGGCCAGGAUGAAGAAAACAGUGAGCAGAGGGAAGAUAUGGAGCACGGGUGGGAAGUCGUGGACUCGAAUGACUCGGCUUCUCAGCACCAGGAGGAACUUCCUCCUCCUCUGCCCCCUGGCUGGGAAGAAAAAGUGGACAAUUUAGGUCGGACUUACUACGUCAACCACAACAACCGGACCACUCAGUGGCACCGACCGACCCUGAUGGAUAUAUCCUCCGAGGCGGAGAGCAACAUCCGGCAGAUCAACCAGGAGGCUGCCCACCGGCGCUUCCGCUCCCGCAGGCACAUCAGCGAGGACCUGGAGCCCGAGUCCUCUGAGGGUGGAGAGGGCCCUGAGCCUUGGGAGACCAUUUCAGAAGAAGCAGCUAUUGCUGGAGACUCCUCCCUCAGUCUGGCGCUGCCCCCACCACCCUCCUCCCCAUCUUCUCGGACCAGCCCUCAAGAGCUAUCCGAAGAACUGAGCAGAAGGCUUCAGAUCACUCCGGACUCCAAUGGGGAGCAGUUUAGUUCUUUAAUUCAGAGGGAGCCCUCCUCAAGACUGAGGUCGUGCAGUGUCACCGAUGCGGUCGCAGAGCAGGCUCAUCUCCCACCGCCAUCAGUGGCCUACGUGCACACCACGCCGGGCCUACCUUCAGGCUGGGAAGAAAGGAAGGAUGCUAAGGGACGCACAUACUAUGUCAAUCAUAACAAUCGAACCACCACUUGGACUCGGCCUAUCAUGCAGCUUGCAGAAGAUGGUGCACCUGGAUCUGCCACAAACAGUAACAACCAUCUAAUCGAGCCUCAGAUCCGCCGGCCUCGUAGCCUCAGCUCGCCAACAGUAACUUUAUCUGCCCCACUGGAGGGUGCCAAGGAUUCACCCAUACGUCGGGCUGUGAAAGAUACCCUUUCCAAUCCACAGUCCCCACAGCCAUCACCUUACAACUCCCCCAAACCACAACACAAAGGCACACAGAGCUUCCUGCCACCCGGCUGGGAAAUGAGGAUCGCGCCAAACGGCCGGCCCUUCUUCAUUGACCAUAACACAAAGACUACAACGUGGGAAGAUCCACGCCUGAAAUUCCCAGUACAUUUGCGGUCAAAGGCACCUUUAAACCCCAAUGACCUUGGCCCUCUGCCUCCCGGGUGGGAAGAAAGGAUCCACCUGGAUGGCCGGACAUUUUAUAUUGAUCAUAAUAGCAAAAUAACUCAGUGGGAAGACCCAAGACUGCAGAAUCCAGCUAUUACUGGCCCGGCGGUUCCUUACUCCAGAGAAUUUAAGCAGAAAUAUGACUACUUUAGGAAGAAAUUAAAGAAACCUGCUGAUAUUCCAAAUAGGUUUGAAAUGAAACUUCACAGAAAUAACAUUUUUGAAGAGUCCUAUAGGAGGAUCAUGUCUGUGAAAAGACCAGAUGUCCUAAAAGCUAGACUGUGGAUUGAAUUUGAAUCAGAGAAAGGCCUUGACUAUGGGGGUGUGGCCAGAGAAUGGUUCUUCUUACUGUCCAAAGAGAUGUUCAACCCCUACUAUGGUCUCUUCGAAUACUCUGCAACGGACAACUACACACUUCAGAUCAACCCCAAUUCAGGCCUCUGUAAUGAAGACCAUUUGUCCUAUUUCACUUUUAUUGGAAGAGUGGCUGGUCUGGCAGUAUUUCAUGGGAAACUUUUAGAUGGUUUCUUCAUUAGACCAUUUUACAAAAUGAUGCUGGGAAAGCAGAUAACUCUGAAUGACAUGGAAUCAGUGGAUAGUGAAUACUACAACUCUUUGAAAUGGAUCUUGGAGAAUGACCCCACUGAACUGGACCUCAUGUUCUGUAUCGAUGAAGAAAACUUUGGGCAGACAUAUCAAGUGGAUCUGAAGCCCAAUGGGUCCGAAAUAAUGGUUACAAAUGAAAACAAAAGGGAAUAUAUUGACUUAGUCAUCCAGUGGAGGUUUGUGAACAGGGUCCAGAAGCAAAUGAACGCCUUCUUGGAGGGUUUCACAGAACUGCUUCCUAUUGAUUUGAUUAAAAUUUUUGAUGAAAAUGAGCUGGAGUUGCUGAUGUGCGGCCUUGGCGAUGUGGACGUGAAUGACUGGAGACAGCAUACCAUCUACAAGAACGGCUACUGCCCAAACCACCCUGUCAUUCAGUGGUUCUGGAAGGCUGUGCUGCUGAUGGACGCUGAGAAGCGUAUCCGGUUGCUGCAGUUUGUCACGGGGACGUCCCGAGUACCUAUGAAUGGAUUUGCUGAACUUUAUGGUUCCAAUGGUCCUCAGCUGUUUACAAUAGAGCAAUGGGGGAGUCCUGACAAACUGCCCAGAGCUCACACAUGCUUUAACCGCCUUGACUUACCUCCAUACGAAACCUUCGAAGAUUUACGAGAGAAACUUCUCAUGGCUGUGGAAAACGCUCAAGGAUUUGAGGGAGUGGAUUAA